GGGGGAAAAAAAAAAAAAAAAAAAAGAAAAAUUAAAAAAAAAAAAUAUAUAAUAAAAAUGCUGCUGUCGGUGCCGCCGCGCUCGGGGCUCCCCGCCUUCGCCUACAACAAGGCCGGCAAGAAGCAGCCCUAUGUGCCCCCGGCACAGCCCCUGGGCCCCCCCAGCCCCAGCCCUGGCGGGGGAGCCCCGGACCAGCUCAGCAAGACCAACCUCUACAUCCGGGGGCUGCACCCUGGCACCACGGACCAGGACCUGGUCAAGCUCUGCCAGCCCUACGGGAAGAUCGUCUCCACCAAAGCCAUCCUGGACAAGACGACCAACAAGUGCAAAGGCUAUGGCUUCGUGGACUUCGACAGCCCCACGGCGGCCCAGAAGGCCGUGACGGCGCUGAAGGCCAGCGGGGUGCAGGCCCAGAUGGCCAAGCAACAGGAGCAGGACCCCACCAACCUGUACAUCUCGAACCUGCCUCUGGGCGUGGACGAGCAGGAGCUGGAGGCGCUGCUGAAGCCCUUCGGGCAGGUGGUCUCGACCCGUAUCCUGCGGGACCCCCACGGGGCCAGCCGAGGGGUGGGCUUCGCACGGAUGGAAUCCACGGAGAAGUGCGAGGCCGUCAUCACCCACUUCAACGGGAAGUACAUCAAGACACCCCCGGGGGUGCCAGCCCCCCCAGACCCGCUGCUGUGCAAGUUUGCUGACGGGGGGCAGAAGAAGCGGCAGAGCCAGGGCAAGUUCGUGUCCAACGGCAGAGCCUGGGCCCGGGAUGGCGACGCGGGCACCGUGACCUUGGCCUACGACCCCGCAACGGCGCUGCAGAACGGGUUCUACCCGGCGCCCUACGGGCUGGCCCCCGGCCGGAUGCUACCCCCCGCCGCCCUGGCCCCCUACCUGCCCUCCCCCGUCUCCUCCUACCAGGUCCACGGCCCCGCCUGGAUGCACCAGUCCUACCUCGUGCAGCCCACGGGCGCGGUCCUGGCCCCCGCCCGUGGAACAUGCCGUCCCCUCCAGCCCUCCGUGGGCCCCCUGGCCCAGCAGCUCGGCCACCUCUCGCUGGGCAGCACCGGCACACCCCCACCCACACCCCGCUGUCCCCAGUACGUCCCCGCCGCCGCCGCCGUGCCUGGAGCCUUCAUCCCUCCGUACCCGCCGGUGCCGCCGGCCCUCCCGCUGGAGGACGGCGGAGCCGCCCCGACCCACGGCCCCAUCGAGUCGCCGUCCGAGCCCGGCGCCUUCCCCUACCCCUACCCCAAGUAG